UGCUGCUUGGCGUUGCCAUCACGCCACAGUACUGCCCGUGCCGCGCUCUUAUAUUUAUUUUCUCAUCCAUGUCGGAUCCUCGAUUUGCUCGACUCAAGACAGACCCUCGUUUUCGUCGCCCAAGGAAACAUCAAUCUAAAGUUGUCGUCGACGAACGCUUCAAAUCUGUGUUCCAGCCAAAACAAAAGUCCAAAGGAAAAAAUACUACGUCCGUGCGUGUAGACAAGUAUGGCCGUGCAUUGGCAGAGGGUCAUGAUGAAGAGAACUUGAAACGUUUCUAUCGCCUUGAGAAUGACGAGGAGUCCGGUUCAAACGUCCCCGACUAUGCUCGAGGGGGCGUUCUUAUGGAGUCUUCGGAUGAAGAGGACAACCUAGCUGAAGAGGAGGAUGAACGGGAUGAUGAAGGGUUUAUAACCAUUGGUCAAGACGCCUCACGUCCGAUGUAUGUUACAGACGAGGGGGAAGAAGUUGACCUGGACGAGAACCACUUCGCGGAUUUGGAUGCCGAAGCAGCUGCAUAUAAUAAGAAUCACUCGGAAUCCGAAUUGGUAUUAGAGACCGCUGACAGGACAAACCGACUGGCGAUCGUUAACCUUGACUGGGAGCAUGUCAGAGCAGUACAUCUCUUCAAAAUUUGCACCUCUUUGGUUUCACCGACAGCACCUACUUUGGCAUCUACUUCAAAGCCGAACACAUCCGGCCAAAGGCAGCAUCUCAAAGGAACGACUAUCGCUCGUGGAAAGGUUUUAAGCGUCAAGGUCUAUCCCAGUGAGUUUGGCAAGAAGAGGAUGGUACGCGAAGAGAAGGAGGGCCCUCCGCCAGAGCUAUUUCGUAAAAAGGGGAAGGCUGAAGGAGAAGAGAUCAAUGAACGGACCAUUUACGAUGUGGGGGAUGAAAAUGAUUUUGAUGAGGAUGCUCUGCGCAAGUACCAGCUUGAUCGGCUUAGAUACUAUUACGCUAUUGUUAGCUGUGAUACGGUGGACGCGGCUUCACACAUCUACAAUGAGCUGGAUGGAACGGAACUCGAACGGUCUGCAAACGUGUUCGAUUUAAGUUUCGUCCCCAAUGACAUGACUUUUGAGGAUGAACCAAGAGACGAAGCCAACGAAGAUGUAGAAACGGGUUACAGGGCUGUCGAAUUCGUUACCGAUGCACUGCGUCACUCUAAGGUCAAGCUGACAUGGGAUGAAGACGAUCCGGAGCGCAGCAAGGUUACUCGUAGAACCAUCACUCGCAAAGAACUCGGUGACGGAGAUUUUCAAGCAUACAUCGCUUCCGCUUCUGAGUCUGAGUCUGAACUCGAAGACAAUAGGAAUGGUUUAUCCCGAGAUAAGCUGCGCUCUUUACUACUUGGCGGAAACGAUCAACUUCCUGAGGGCUGGAACAGGGAUGAUGGUGUACGCGACAACGAUGUAGACAUGGAAGUCACAUUUAUGCCCGGCCUUGCCGACAGAAAGGAUGGCCAAGACGAGACCACAUUAGAGAAGUAUCAGCGGAAGAUGAAGGAAAAGCGGAAGAAAAGGAAAGAGGAGGUAAAGAAAGCGGUGACAGCUGACGACGAUUUCUUCGAUGCUACGAGCGAUGGUGAUCAUUCGGCACAUGAAUCCAAGAAGAAAUCUGGUGCAACGCUCAGCUAUGAGCCAACUGAGGAGGAAGCACACAGUCUUCUUGUCUCUCAUGAAGAUUCCGGUGCCGAACCGCAACACUUCAACCUGAAAGCUGUUAUGAAAGUCGAGCGCAAGCAGAAGAAGAACAAAAAGAAGGGUAAGAAAACGGUGGAUGAGGAUAAUGAAAUACAAGAAGAUUUCAUCUUGGAGGUCAAUGAUGACCGGUUCAAGGCAAUACACGAGGAUCACAACUUUGCCAUCGAUCCCACUCAUCCUCAGUUCAAGAAGACCAAAGCAAUGGAGUCGUUACUGAAUGAGCGAUCCCAACGCCGUGCCGUGAGCGAGAAACAACAUGCGGAAGAUGGGCAGUCUCUCAAAAAUUUGGUCGACAAGGUCAAACGGAAAGGGAGUUUACUUACAGAACCGCGUAAAGGAAAACGCCAACGACUGCGUUGA